CCAUCAACUCGAGGAAUAUGUAAGCAAAGCAAGGACGAUGUCAUCGGUUAGAUCAAAAGCUUCCCUGAAUCAUACGUGGCCCAACAAGCUACGACCGGCUGUUGUCUGCUUGUUUUGCAAUUUUCUUCUUGUUGGUUCGAUUCUUCAAAAUAGGGUUUGGCUGCAUAUUCAUCUUUGAUCUCUGCUUCCAACUCAUAAAACUUGUCUCUAAUCUUACGAAACACUGUACGGUUUUCCAGUUCAAAAAUCAUUCUUCCAGGGUUGCUUCUCGUCACAGAAAAAUGGGGUUCUGGACAUUGCUUGAAGGUUUCCUGCUCUUUGCCAAUGCAUUAGCAAUUCUGAAUGAAGAUAGGAUCCUGCGUCCACGAAGAUGGACUUUGGCAGAAUUUCAAGGAGGAAGAAGAAAUACGGUCAAGGGGCAGAUAAUUGGGCUCAUACAUGCCUGCCAAUUCCUCAGACUGCCACUUAUCCUGUUCAAUAUCAUCACUAUUCUGAUCAAGUUAUUCUCUGGUUAAGCCACUUGUCAUGUAUGUACAGUACUCAGAAAUGGUGGAAUAAGAGAAAACUCAUGUGCUGGUAACACCAUUUUUGUAGCUUAAGCAAUGAAAUUUCAUUCCAAGUGUCUGAUACACAAACAUAUGGUGAUAAUUGGAAGAAAAAGAACAGGUAAACAAACAUUCACUCGACUGGUAACAUGACUUCAUUAGUCCUAAAAGCUGGUAUUGUCCACGGAGGAUUAUACCUAGCCAACAAGUGUUGACCUGUCACCUUAUAUCCAUCUCUCUCCAAGCUCUUCUUCAGAUUCUCCACCUUCUCUUCCACCACCUUAUCCGUCGCCACUCCGGCGAACUUCACCAACCCGUAAUUCCUCUCCCCUUCCUCCUUUAUCACUUACCUUUCAUCCAACGGCUUAGGUGCCUCCUCCGCACUCUUGUACAUAGACGGCAACAGAACUGCAUGGUGACCGUGUUUUUUCAUCACCCUUUGUUACCACAGGGGCAGUCAUGGCAAUCUUUUCACUGUUGGACGUUUUGGUUAUCACUGGCGCCGUCAUUGCAGUCGUUUCCGGUUUCGAAUUCUGGGGAUUGACUAAAGCGCCGAUGUAAUUCGCCAACAGGGUAAAGCCGCCGUCUCUGUUCCCCUUGAACUGUGAUGGAUCGUAUAUGACUUGUGCUGCAACUGAAGGUGGGUAUUUUCGGAUUUCGUACUCGGCUGAGGAUUGAACCACUUCGUAUUUUGGGGUUUCCACCGUGAUCUUGCC